GUAGUACAACAAUUAUCAUUAGAUUAUUAAUAUCGCAAGAGACCCCACAACUGCAACUGCUAUAUAGUUUUGGGUAUAUAUGUGAUCAUCAUCACCAGGUGGGCCCAUUCAUGCAUGACCAUUCUUCCCCCUUCUCUCUCUCUCUCUCUGUCUCUGUGCCUCUAUGUAUUUCACCAAAGCCGUCAAUUCACACUCAAGUGUGUGUUGUGUUUGUGUAGUUUUAUUAUCUCCGUUUUUUCAUUUUUGAGAGAAACAGAGUGAGAGAGAGAGAGAGAGAAAAACAGAGCACUGUUGUUGCCGCAGGGGUUCAAGAUUCCGACUAAAACACCGUUUUAUUUAUGUGGGUUCUCCGGUGAUGUCAUUUUCCGGUGGAAGAACACCAUCGUGGUCGUCGUCGGUUUUGUAUUCAUAUCUGGUGGUUACGCUGAUGAUAAUUUCGGUUCAGCAAAUAUGGGUUGUUAGUGAAAACAGAGUUGGAGCCAUUCGGAUAUUUCCAGAAGAAGGCAGAGUAGCAUUGCAGCGGCAGAAUCAUCAUCAUCAUCGUCUAAUGAAAUCCAACGUUAGUCAGACAGAAAUCUUUCGCAAGUACUUCCACACACGAGUUUCUGAUCUCAACAGUUCUUCUUCUGCUUCUCCUCUUCAAACUGGUACUAAUUCUUUUCAAGAGAGUAAAAGAAGAGUUCCAAGUUGCCCAGAUCAACUUCACAACAAGUAGAUUCAAGAUUCUUUCUUUCUUCUUGUUUCAGUAAUUUUUUAGUUUAAUUUUUAAUUUUUUUGGGGGGUUUACCGGGGUUAGAUUUUCAUCCAAAAUACCCACGUUUUUCUCAUUAAUGAUUGAGAGAAGAUGUUUUUUGGGAGAUUACAAAGGGGCAAAACCGUGUGUAUUUUGGUGCUCUUUGCAAAGAUAUUUCCUUUCUUUCUUUCUUUCUUAGGCAGGUGAAAAGAAAGGAGAAAUUGAUGCCAAAAAAAAAAAGAGAAAAAUUCACAAUGUAAAUACAGAUUCAGCUUUAUUUAUUUUUUUUCCGGGUAGCUCUUAUAUAUUAUAUAAUGUUUGGAUCUUGUCCAGGCUUCUUGUUCAAUUUACUUCUCCCAGCUGAAUGUUGAUCAAAAUGCAGUUUUUAGUACUUAAAAUUCAAUUGGGAUGGAGGGAAACAAGAAGGAAGAAGGAAGAAUCACACUUUUUAUUAGAAAUCUAUACAUGUCAGUUUCGUGUAAAAUUUAGCCAAAUCAAACUAGAUACUUGUGUGUGUUGUGGUGUCUCUUUCGCUUUUUGACUGUUUCUGAUGCCCAAUUAAGCCAAAUGCAAAGUAUAGCUACUAGUUUCUUGGAAGCUUGAAAGUUGUAUGGAUUUUGGGUAACCAUAAUUUAUGCCUUUUUUAAAAGUGGUUCAGAGCUGUUUUACCCUUCGGGAAAUUUUGCUUUAAAGUGUAUUUGUCGUUGACACAGAUUUGGUAAGACUUCACUUUUUCCUUCUAUUUUGUAUGUAGUAGGAUAGCUAGGUAGCACACUAUAGUUUCCCAAAUGGGCAAAAGUUUCAUUUCAAUUCCAGCUCCUCGCUCUUAUAUAUAUAUUAUUGGUUUGCUUCUUCUUCACCUUUUCCCCUUCUUUUCUGACCAAAACUAUCGAUGUGAAAAUCUGUCAUAUGUCAAUGUAAUGUUGUAAACAUCAAUGAAAACUUCUCCUUUUUUCCUUUCUUUCUUUCUUGAUCAGAAUUCAGAAGAGCCCAUGUCGUCCAUCAAUCGAUCCCAGGCUGUGUUUGAUUGGUUACUUCAAUUUAAUGAAUUGAUAAUACACAAAAAUGGUUGCUGCACUUUAAUGAGUUAGAUAUAGCCUAAACCAUUUUUCUACCCGGGGAAAACGGGGAAUUGAUAAUGAGAUGUCAUGGAAUAGUAUAAGUUUGCUGGGAAAGGAACAAUUGUGUACAGUACAUUAAUAGUGGUA